AUGGAGAAAAUUAUUUCUAUGAUUUUUUUGGCAACAGUUGUAUUUGUUUUCAACGAUGGAGUACAGGGAAAAGCUAACGACAGAGAAACUCUAUCUGAAAUUGAUAGGAAGUUGAAGGCUCUCAAUAAACCUGCAGUGAAGAGUAUUAUGAGUGAAGAUGGAGAUAUAAUCGACUGUGUUGACAUUUAUAAACAACCUUCUCUUGAUCAUCCAGCAUUGAGAAACCACACUGUUCAGGUUCUUCCCUCGCCACUCUCUUAUUGUUGGACAUUGUCUGUGGAUAAAACAUACAAAUCUGAUCGACCAGUGGUAACUCAAACCUGGCAAAAGAGUGGAACUUGUCCAAAGGGAACUGUUCCCAUUCGCAGAAUCCGAAAGGAAGAUCUUCUGAGAGCAGCUUCUCUUGAGCAUUUUGGAAGAAAACCUUAUACAACAAAACCAAAAGAAGCAACUCAUAAAAGCAAAUUUAUAAAUAUAAACGACACCACACCCAUUACUAUUAAUCUAUCUACAUUUAACCGUUCGAAUGCAGUUCUUUUUACAACUGGAAACAACUAUUUCGGAGCACAAGGAGAUAUAAAUGUUUGGAAUCCCCAUGUUGAUCGUGAAGAAGAUUACACUACUGCCCAAACCUGGGUUAGAGGUGGCCCUGACCAUGCCGAAAGCGUCGAGGCAGGAUGGACGGUAAAUCCCAAACUAUAUGGUGAUAUUCGUACACGAUUGUUCGUAUACUGGACUGCUGACGGUUACGGCCAAACAGGUUGCUUCGACCUCACUUGCGCUGGAUUUAUUAACACAAACACAGACUUUACCAUCGGUGGGAGCUUCGGUCCCAUAUCCACUUUUCUUGGUCCGCAAUGGCAAAUCAAUGUCCUCUUGCAACGGGAUCCGCAAACAGGAAAUUGGUGGUUUGUAUAUCAAACUUACGUAGUUGGGUAUUGGCCAGCAAGUCUGUUCAGUUCCCUAAAGGAUAGUGCAAAUUUAGUGGAAUGGGGAGGAGAAGUGUACAGCGAGGCUUUGAGGAUAACUCCCCAUACAAGAACUGCUAUGGGAAGUGGAGAAAUGGCAUAUCCUCUAUAUGGUUGUGCAUGCUACAUCAGGAAUGUAAGAAUUAUAGAUAUUUAUCUUCAGUUGAAGUACCCUGAAUGGGUAGGCACCUGGACUGAUGAAGAUCACUGCUACAAUGUAUACAAUGACUUAAUAGACUACGAUGUACCCUCGUUUUUCUUUGGAGGAACACCUGGAAGAUAUCCAAACUGUCAGUGA